GAGACACAAUCCUGGGCCCCUACUAAGCAACUGGCUCUCAAAGAGCUGCCCGGUGCCUAUGCGCGCCUCACCAAGUUAAAACUCAGUGCCCUUGUCUUGCUGACUGAAAUGGGCGGUUUUGCCUUGGCUCCUGGAGCUUUUGAUUGGUCCGCUUUCGGGGUCACGGCCGCUGGCACGGCCCUCUGUGUGGCAGCUGCAAAUACGUACAAUCAGUGGAUCGAGAUUCCCUAUGAUGCACAAAUGCAGCGCACGAAGAAUCGGCCGCUGGUAAGCGGUGAAAUCAGCCCUUUCCGUGCCUGGAUGUUUGGCACGGCCUGCGGAAUUUCUGGCGUUGCGCUGUUGGCCGCUGCCGUCAACCCGACCGUCGCGCUGCUCGGGGCCGGCAACAUUAUUCUCUAUGCCGGUGUAUACACCCCGCUCAAGCGCCAUACGUUGUACAACACGUGGGUUGGAUCGCUUGUUGGGGCCAUUCCUCCGCUCAUGGGCUGGGCAGCAGUUACCGGCUCGAUUGAUCCCCAGGCGCUCGUGCUGGCUGGCGUGCUGUUUGCGUGGCAAUUCCCGCAUUUCAAUGCGCUGAGCUGGAAUCUUCGACCCGAUUACUCGCGUGCGGGCUAUCGCAUGAUGUCUGUGACUGACCCGAUGCUCUGCCGCCGCGUGGCUCUGCGCUACACCGCGGCCCUCUUUCCCAUCUGCAUUGGCUCGACGCUCAUGGGCUUGACGGACACAGCUUUUCUCGUUGAUUCCAGUCUGAUCAACGCGUAUUUUACCUACAAGGCCAUCCAGUUCUACCGCGAGGGUACUGAUACGUCUGCCCGCAAGCUCUUCUUUGCCUCCCUCUGGCAUCUACCUGCCACCAUGCUCUUGCUGCUUCUGCACAAGGCCACGGAUGGUCCACUGGCCCUACUGUUCAGCUAA